AUGGCUGAUAGAUUCCCUUCUCUUGAGGACUUUGACUCUGGUGCGCAAACAACUCAAGGCGACUCUACUUUCGAAGGAGGUGCCGAUGAUUUCCUAAGUCGUGAGAAGGCCCUUUUGGGUGACGAUGCGGAUCAAUUUGCUACUGGCAAUGACAAUUCCGCAUUUGUAGAGGAUGAUGAUGAUGAUUUAUUGGGUGGAGGUGGAGGAGAGGAUGUUCACGAAUUCGAGAGUUCUUUCCCUGCCAUUGAUACUCGCAACGAGAAUGUUUCACCAAGCGGACAAAUCACCAGCACAUACACCAAUUACCAGCCCCAAGUUUCCGAUGAGGAAGAGCCAGAAGUCAUCAAGCAAUGGCGCGAACGUCGAGAUCUCCAACUUCAAGCCCGCGAGGAGAGAUCCGAAGAAAAGAAACAAGAAAUUAUCAAGACUGCCCAACAAAAUAUUGAUGAUUUCUACGAGAAUUACAACACCAAGAAAGAGAAGACAAUUGCACAGACUCGUCGUGAAGCUGAGGAGUUCUUGGCAAGCAGAGAAGAUACAUCUGCCGGUGGAACUAGCUGGGAGCGUAUCGCAAAAUUGGUUGAUUUGAGUGGAAAGGGUGCUAGAGGUGGUGCGAAUGGUACUGGAAAGGAUAAGUUCAGAGAACUGUUGAUGAGCUUGAAGAAGGACGAGAAACCGCCUGGUGCUACUGGAUAUUAG